AGCUCCUCUUACAACAUUCGAGGGGCAUUUCAAAGCCGAAGAAAGUAAGAGAACGGCAAUUAAGAGCUUAAACCAUCGAAAUGAAUAGAAGAUGGCGUCGGUGCGCCCCAUGAUUCGAUUGGCUCGCUGCCGGCCUGUUCCAGCAGCUUCCCGCAUUCGACGAUGCUUUGCGACAGCUUCCGACGUGAAAAACCCGGCCGCCGCACCUCGUCCCGAUAACCGAGUGAGGAUCGUAGAAGUCGGUCCAAGAGAUGGACUACAAAACGAGAAGAAGUCGAUCCCGUUAGCUACUAAGAUCGAAUUAGUCGAAAGACUGGCGAAGACUGGAGUAUCUUUCAUAGAAGCUGGGUCUUUCGUCUCUCCAAAAUGGGUACCCCAAAUGGAUAACUCCAGCGCAAUCCUCGAACAUAUCCUCACCAACAAAAUCGCCUCGCCCAUCCCAAUCACAUACUCCUUCCUCGCGCCCAACGCAAAGGGCGUGGAAAACGCUUCUGCCCUCCUCAAACAACACCCAGGAACCUACCUCACACAAGCACAAUCCCUCGAAGGCGUAAGCGCCAAACCCGCAGUCGAACUCGCCGUAUUCGCCGCCGCAACCGAGAGCUUCUCGCAGAAGAACCUCAACACCGACAUCGCGACCUCUCUCGAAAACUUCCGCAGCGUAAUCCAAAGCGCCAAGGGGCUCGGCCUCCGCGCGCGCGCGUACAUCAGCGUCGUGCUAGGGUGUCCGUUCGAAGGGUACGACGUCGACCCGCACAAGGUCGCGGAGAUCGCGACGUCGCUGCUCGAGAUGGGCGCUGACGAGAUCUCGCUCGGCGACACCACGGGCAUGGGAACCGCGCCCAGGGUCCAGGAGCUGCUGCGCUGCAUGGCGGCGGCGGGGAUCCGCAAGGAGGAUAUCGCGAUGCAUUUCCAUGAUACGUACGGCCAGGCGUUGGUUAACACGGCUAUUUCGCUCGAGCACGGGAUCAGGACUUUUGAUAGUGCGGUUGGCGGGCUGGGCGGGUGUCCGUAUAGUCCGGGGGCCACUGGGAAUGUGGCGACGGAGAAUAUGGUUUAUUUUGUCGAGAGUUUGGGCAUGGAGACGGGUAUUGAUCUGGAUGCUAUGGCGGAUAUUGGGCAGUGGAUCUCGGGGGAGCUGGGCAGGUUGAAUGAUUCAGCUGUUGGGAAGGCGGUGCUUGGGGCUCGUAAAAUAGGGGUUGAUGCGUCGUAGUGGUUGUAUGGGGUAACGGAAAUAAAUAUUAUAUGUAGGUAGGUACUAGGUAUGUAUUUGCCCAUGCGAGGCGAUGAGAUAUAUCUUAUGGGUUAUCGUGGCCUCUCCUUUUUACUGAAAAAGUCACCUAGUUCGUAUAUCUCCUCAUA